GCGGGCGGAAGUGAGGAGCUGCUGCGCGGAGGUGGGGGCCGCCUCGCUUGUUGUGGGUGGGCGAAACGGCCGACAUGGCGCCCUCCGGGAGUCUCCGGAUCCCGGUGGCAGUACUACUGCUGUUGCUUUGGGGAGCUCCCUGGGCCCACGGGAGGCGGAGCGACGUGCGCAUCAUCACGGACGAGAACUGGAGAGAGUUGCUGGAAGGAGAGUGGAUGAUAGAAUUUUAUGCUCCAUGGUGUCCUGCUUGUCAGAAUCUUCAACCAGAAUGGGAAAGUUUUGCUGAAUGGGGAGAAGAUCUUGAGGUUAAUGUUGCAAAAGUUGAUGUCACAGAGCAGCCAGGACUAAGUGGACGAUUUAUCAUAACUGCUCUUCCUACUAUUUAUCAUUGUAAAGAUGGUGAAUUUAGGCGCUAUCAGGGUCCAAGAACUAAGAAGGACUUCAUAAACUUUAUAAGUGACAAAGAGUGGAAAAGCAUUGAACCCGUUUCAUCAUGGUUUGGUCCAGGUUCUAUUUUGAUGAGUAGUAUGUCAGCACUCUUUCAGCUCUCUAUGUGGAUCAGGACUUGCCAUAACUAUUUUAUUGAAGACCUUGGAUUACCGAUUUGGGGAUCAUAUACAGUGUUUGCUGUAGCAACUCUGCUUUCAGGACUGUUAUUAGGACUUUUCAUGAUAUUUGUGGCAGAUUGCCUGUGUCCUUCAAAAAGGCGCAGACCCCAGCCAUACCCCACCAGAAAAUUACUACCAGAAUCUUCCCAACCUUUGAAAAAAGUGGAGGAAGAACAAGAGGCUGAUGUAGAAGAUGUUUCAGAAGAGGAAUCUGAAAGCAAAGAAGGGACAAACAAAGACUUUGCACAGAAUGCUGUAAGACAGCGUUCUGUGGGUCCUUCACUGGCCACAGAUAAAUCCUAGUUAAUUUUUACAAAUAUUUUCAUAUGAUUUUGGCAGAAACAGAAGAUCGAGCAUUUGUUUUGGUUUGAUGUGAACUGUGACUUGCUUGUACAUUGCAAGGUUCAGCCUGGAUUGUCAUUAGGUUGAACAGCCUACCUUCGGAAAAUAAAAGUAGCACUGGAAAAAAGAGGAUUUGAAAACACUAUGGUGGUUCAAGCAGUUCUUUCAUUUUUGGAAAAUCUGGUGCCAAGCAAUAAGAUUUCUGUAUGUUUGUUUCAUAAUAACUUUCAAGUCUGAGUUGAAAAAUUACAUUUCCCAAGUAUUGCAUUAUUGAGGUAUUUAAGGAGAUUACUUUAGAGAAGAAGAUUUCUCAUUUGAUAUAAUUUUUGUCAGUUUCACUGUGUGAAGAGAACAUAUUUCCCAUUAAUGGGAACUUUGCCCAUUGUCUCAAGAAAUGUGUAUUUCAGUAACAACUCUGAAACCCUUUAUCUCCUUUAAAGUUAAAGUCCAAAAUUUAUUCAUGGUUUUAGAUUAUGCAACUAAUAAAAGCUGCCUUACUUGAAUUACAGUUUUCUACCCAUGAUAGUACAGGAUAUGUUUAGAAAGUUUAUAAAGGUUGGUUGCCUUUUUUGUUCUCCUGUGUUUAGCGUAUGAUUUGUAUUUUUCUCACCACCGUGA